UCAAUUAAAAGAGUGAAGGAGGGAAGGCUAUGGCGCCUUAGGGUACCGGGGAGCGAGCGCGAUGUACAUCAAACAGGUGAUUAUCGAAGGUUUCAAGAGCUACAAAGAACAGGUCGCGACUGAGCCUUUUAGUCCUAAGCACAACUGUGUUGUUGGCGCCAAUGGCUCUGGAAAAACAAAUUUUUUCCACGCAAUUCGAUUCGUUCUUAGCGACCUGUUUCACAACCUGCGAGCUGAAGACAGACAAGCACUUCUCCAUGAAGGUGCCGGACAUCAAGUGCUAUCCGCAUUUGUGGAGAUCGUCUUUGACAACAGCGACAAUCGCAUACCGGUCGACAAAGAAGAAGUUCGCCUCAGGAGGACAAUCGGUAUGAAGAAAGACGAGUAUUUUCUGGACAAGAAGCAUAUCACGAAGACUGAAGUGAUGAACCUUCUGGAAAGUGCCGGAUUUUCCAGAUCAAAUCCCUACUACGUUGUGCAGCAGGGCAAAAUUGCGUCCCUCACCCUCAUGAAAGACAGUGAGCGUCUUGAUCUUCUUAAAGAAAUCGGUGGUACACGGGUGUAUGAGGAGCGCAGGAAGGAGAGUCUCAAGAUUAUGCAGGACACCGAGAAUCGGAGGAAACAGAUCAUUGACGUUGUGCAGUAUAUUGAAGAGAGGCUCAAGGAGUUGGAUGAAGAGAAGGAGGAGCUGAAGAAGUAUCAGCAGCUAGAUAAGCAGAGGAGGUCUCUAGAGUAUACGAUUUUUGAAAAGGAGCUUCUUGACGCGAGGCAAAAGCUGGAAGAGAUUGAAGAAGCUCGCGCUAGAGUGUCCGAAAAGUCGUCGAACAUGCACAAUGCUGUUGUGGAGUCGCACGAACGUUUGAAAGGAAUUGAGAAGGAGCUCAAAACUUUGGCUAAAGGACAGCAAGGUUUGCUCAAGGAGAAGGAAUCCGCUGAGAAGCAGAAAACUGAAGCUAUGAAGGCUUUAGCCAAGUUUGAGCUGGACGUUCGAGAUGUAGAAGACCGAAUCAAGUCUGAAGCAAGAACAAAGGAAGAGGUAACAAAGGAGCUCCAAUCGCUUGAAAAGGAGAUUAAAAAAACGGAGAAUGAGUUUGAGCAAGUGAAGCCCGUGUAUGAUCGACAAGUAGCAGAAGAAGACGAAAUUACCAAAGGAAUUAUAGAGCGCGAGAAACGGCUGAGCGUUCUUUAUCAGAAGCAGGGUCGAGCUACGCAGUUUGGAAGCAAACGAGAACGAGACAAAUGGCUCCAGAAAGAAGCUUCAGACUUGGAGAAGGUGGUGGAAACGACUUCUGCACAGAUUGUAAAACUGGAGGAGGAAAUACGUCACAUGAACGAGGAGCUCGAAGCGCACACGAAGAGUAUCCAAGAUCGGUCUCGGGAAUUAGCUGACGAAGAAGCUCUUGUGGGGAAAUGCAUGGAUGACAUUGCUGCCCUGAAGGUCCAACGAGAUGAGCACCAGGAAACUAGAAAAAAACUUUGGAAGACAGAGAGUAUCCUCAGCAAUGAAGUUGAUAAGCUGAAGUUUGACAUUGUCAAGGCUGAGAAGGCUUUAGAUCAUUCUGCUCCUGGGGACAUUCGUCGAGGAUUGAACUCCGUGAGACGAAUCUGUAGAGAUCAUAAUAUUUCAGGCGUGCAUGGUCCACUUUUUGAGCUUCUUGACUGCGAUGACAAGUUUUUUACGGCUGUCGAAGUGACUGCCGGAAACAGUUUGUACCAUGUCGUUGUUGAUACUGAUGAUAUCUCUACGAGGAUAAUUCGUUAUCUGAGUGCUGAAAAGGGUGGACGGGUCACGUUUAUUCCACUAAAUCGUGUGCGAGCUCCUAGAGUAACUUACCCGACGAGUUCCGAUGUCGUUCCUCUCCUCAAGAAGUUGAGGUUUGACCCGAAAUUUAGUGAAGCAUUCGGACAGGUAUUUGGAAGGACUAUAAUUUGCCGUGACCUCGAUGUCGCCACAAAUUUUGCUCGUUCGGCCGAUCUAGAUUGCAUUACUAUGGAAGGCGACCAAGUCAGUAAAAAGGGUGGUAUGACCGGUGGUUUCUAUGACCACAGACGGUCUAAGCUCAAGUACAUGACAAUCGUGAAAGAGAAUGCAAGAGCCAUUCACUUGAAAGAGCAGGAGCUGGAAAAAGUUCGGAACUCUUUCCAAGAUAUAGAUCAGAAGAUCAACCAAGUGGUUACAGAACUGCAGAAACUGGAACCAACGCGCGCGCACCAUAAAUCGUUGGCCGAGCAGCUAAAGAGUGAUAUCUCUAAUUUGAAAAAGCAGGAGACCUCUCUAGUUCACGCCAUUGAAAAGAAGAAAAAGUCACUUGCAGUUGCUCAUCAGCAUAUCGAGCAAGUUCGAUCAAGCAUUUUGACGAAACGGACAGAAAUGGGUACAGAUCUCAUUGACCAGCUUACACCAGACGAGAAGACGGAACUUUCUCGUUUGAACCCGGAGAUCUCGGAAUUAAAAGAUAUGCUAGUGCGGUAUAGAGCUGCUAGAAUGGAGGUAGGAAACCGUAUGAGCGAGCUCGAGACUUUACUUUCUACAAAUCUUGUAAGGAGGCAGCAGGAGUUGGAGGCUCAGUUUUCAGCAAUAGAUCCAGAUUCGAUGCUCGCCGAUUUGGAACAAAAGAAGCAAGCAUCGGUAGAUGCAAGCACCGCAGUAGAAGAAGCUACUCGUAAUCUCAAAGUAAUUACGGAUAAUAUUGAGAAGCAUGCCAAACAAGUCAGGGAUCUCAAAAAUGCGAAAGAUGAGCUAAAGGCUUUGGAGGACAAUUACGAGCGGACUCUUCAAGACGAGGCAAAGGACCUUGAGCAGUUGCUGAAUCGCAAAAACCUUCUUCAAGUUAAGCGCGAGGACUUGACGAAAAAGAUCCGAGACUUGGGCUCCUUACCGUCUGAUGCUUUUGAGAAGUACCAGCGCAAAAGUUUGAAGGAGCUACAUAAGAUGUUUCACAAAUGCAACGAGGAGCUGAAAAAGUUUAGCCACGUCAACAAGAAAGCUUUGGAUCAGUAUGUUAAUUUCACCGAGCAAAGGGAGGAACUACAUAAACGCCAGGCUGAGCUUGACAAUGGCGACGAGAAAAUUCGUGAGCUCAUUUCGGUUCUGGACCAACGUAAGGACGAGGCUAUCGAACGGACUUUCAAAGGGGUGGCGAAGAAUUUCAGGGAGGCAUUUGCGGAGCUUGUCCAAGGUGGGCAUGGCUCUCUUGUGAUGAUGAAGAAGAGAAAGGCUGACGAGGCUGAGGACGAGGACGCAGAUAAUGAUGAAGACGGAAACCGGGAAGCAGGAAGCGAGGGAAGGGUGGAGAAGUACGUCGGUGUCAAAGUGAAGGUUUCCUUCACCGGACAAGGGGAGACGCAAUCGAUGAAACAGCUUUCCGGUGGCCAGAAGACUGUUGUGGCGCUAGCACUCAUCUUUGCUAUACAGCGCUGUGAUCCUGGACCUUUUUAUCUGUUUGACGAAAUCGACGCAGCUCUGGAUCCACAGUACCGAACUGCCGUUGGAAACAUGAUCAAGCGUCAGGCCGAUACUGCGAAUACUCAAUUUAUCACGACGACUUUCCGGUCCGAGCUUGUCAAGGUUGCGGACAGGAUCUAUGGUGUGACGCACAAGAACAGAGUGAGCCGAGUGGACGUUAUCAGCAAAGACGACGCUCUGCAGUUUAUCGAGCAGGAUCAAACCCACCACAACGAGUGACUUUUCGGGACUUGAGAAAGAGUUUGGUCCCUCUCUUUCUUUCCUUUCCUCUCUUACUCACGUAUACGCUUUGUGCAGCAAGCUGACUGACACUUAACAGCGCUUCGUUUUUGUAAAUUUUCACAAGCUCUACUAAAUACGAUCUUUGGAUGUUUUU